AUGGCUCCGCAGAUGGUGGAGAAGGUCUGUCUGUAUCUGUUUGAACGAUUGGUUAGAGAAAACGCAAUCCGUAUGGUGUUUGAGUCGACAAGGGCUUUGCGGUUCCGACAGGUGAGCCUCAUAGCUCUCAGAACAUCCUACACCGAUAGCACUCAUGCAAGAAUCUUCUCUAAUAUCGAAUGGCAGCGAUUCAAGACCUUCUCUGGCAGUAGGCUACCGCGCAAUCGUUCCGCUUUGUUAUGGCUGAUCUAUCCUAAUUGGGAAACUAAUAGACACAGAACACCAUCGAAUAGUAUCCUGCAUGAAAAAAUUAUAACCCCUCAUAUUUUGCCCUGGAAAUCAAGAUUAGCGAUUUAUGAUCGAAUCAACGAUCGCAACGAUUUCAAAGAACGCGAUUGUAAAGAUGCCUCGAGGACACCUGCGAAAUCCCCGAGUCCCGACCCUUUUCCCGAUAAACCUCAUCGUGAUACUAGGGGCGGUAAAUCAAGUCCAAAUGGAGAGGCGAAGAUGUUCAAGGAAUCAGGCUGUCGACGAACGAGACCACUUACUGUAAGAUUACUGUGGUCAUGUUCCAUGGUUAGUGACAAGAUCCAGUUCCACGAUCAGCAUACAAUGCACUACCCCAAUGAAGUUAAAAGGGCUAAAAUAUCCAUGACAAACCCCCAGUCAUCUAGCAGCAGCUAUGGUAGCGAGAUUCGCCCAGUUCAGCAUUUCCCUCUCCCGGAGGUUAGUUGUCAUAAAGCCAUAGCAGCAAAAAUAGUCUUCAUUGGCUCAACUGAAUCUUCCCAGGCAAGGGGCCCUUCCAGGAACAGCACAUGUACUUUGGGGACACCACAGCGCGAAGUCGUACAAUUGAUUAUGGAAGCUUGCUAA